GGAACUUGAAGAUGAUCCCUAACGAGGAUUUUUAAGUUUCUGAAGUAGUGUAGUAUUUUCGGUCUUUUCAAUGACGUUCAAUGAUGUUUUUGACGCACGACCUGGUUGAUGCAAAUAGAGCAACUGGGCGACAGUCCCUUCCGAGUCAUAGCAGUGAAGUGUGGAGGAUGGACGGAUUACAGGGGGAAAUACAAGACUAAAAUCGGCCUCUGGACCCUCAUAUAGGAUCGCCAGUAUUUCCACAAACAAUGACCUUGUUUGAACAUUUUGAAGCUACAGAGCAGAUUGUCUUCCAGGAGAUCGCCAGUUGUUAGGAUGAAGACCUGUGAGGAAUGACCUCGUCUUCACCCACACUCUGAGAAAAUGCACUGGACUGGUGGAUACGUUUCAGUCUUCCUUCUGUCUUGUUUGACCUGUGACCUCAGCCAAGCUUUAUCAGAGGACACAUAUGGAAACACUACAAAGAACAUCACAACGGACGCAGGGUUGGUCCCAGCAGCCUUCACUGCAGUGAGCCAGCUCAUCGCCCGUGAAGGGAGCUGCGUGCUGAUUGACUGUAAUGUCACCGGAGAUCCGUUCCCCAGUAUUCAGUGGUUCAACUCCCAUGGAAAACGCCUGGAUACGGAGACCGAUGGCGGGAAGUUUUAUUUGCUGGACGACGGUGUCCUCAACAUCAGCAGCAUCCAGUUUGCUGAUCGAGGCAAAUAUACGUGCAUGGCCACCAACAUGUUGGGCAGCUCUAACUGCACAGUAACGCUGCGUGUGGUCUUCACCAAUGGAGACAUGGGGGUGUACUACAUGGUAGUGUGUCUGGUCACAUUCACCAUCAUCAUGAUACUGAAUGUCACUCGCCUCUGCAUGAUGAGCAGCCACCUCAAGAAGACGGAAAAAGCCAUCAACGAGUUCUUCCGCACCGAGGGCGCAGAGAAGCUGCAGAAGGCCUUCGAGAUCGCCAAGAGAAUUCCCAUCAUCACCUCGGCCAAGACGCUGGAGCUCGCCAAGGUGACGCAGUUCAAGACCAUGGAGUUUGCACGGUACAUUGAGGAGCUGGCCCGCAGCAUCCCUCUGCCGCCACUGAUUAUGAACUGCCGCACCUUCAUGGAGGAGAUCCUGGAGGUGGUGGGCGUGGAGGAGAUGAGGCACACCUUUGUCAGGCAGGUUCCCGAAGGUUGGCGCGAGGCGGCGGGGAGAGUGGCCUCCAUCACGCCCAGGGACGUCUUCACCAUCCUGCAGGAGAGGGAGAGAGAGAGAGAGCGAGGGCGGCAGAGGGAGCGCAGUGAGUCCCCCGCAGCCGACUCCGACAACUCCUCUGUACAGGAUCACCCACAGCAAAUUGCCAUUCAGGUGUCAGUGCACCCCCAGAUGGCUUCUGGGGCUUACUGUAGCAUCGAAGCUCCCCCACCACCAGAGGGCGCACUCUCCUUAACUUCCCCUACCUCCAUCCCGCCUCCUGCUCUGCAUCAUCCCGAGACAAAAGCCAGUGGUGAGAGUGGUGAGAGUGGUGAGAGUGGUGAGAGUGGUGAGAGUGGUGAGAGUGGUGAGAGUGGUGAGAGUGGGGACCAGGCCGCGGGAGAAACGACAGUGAACCAAGCUCCACCCUGUCAGGUGUUCUAUGAGAGCCAUGUGUGAUCCCACCCUGGACAACAGACCUGUCCUGCUAUGCACAAAAGUCCACAUGUCAUUUUCACUUCACUCACAUUUCAGGCUGUUCCACUGACUUAAUAAUGGUAAGUUUUUUUUGUUUCUUUUCUGCUUCCUGCUG